UUAUAAUGACUUUCGAUUCAUUGUAUUGUAUACGAAAUUUACAAAGUCCAUGUAAUACCUUGAUUGCAAAAGUAUUUGUCAACAACAUUUAUUUACUAUUUCUGAUAUAAAUAUGAAUUUUGGAAAUGCAUUAUUAGCAAAUUGAUAUAUCACGCAAAAUGGACAGCAUGGAAGAUAUUAAUGCUAAGAGAGAUGCUAGAAGAAAACGAAUUUUAGAAAAUUCAGAGAAACGUUUAUUAAAAAUUACUGGUAGAAACAGUGCCAUCGUAUCAGAAGCACCUUCUGUACAUACAGAUAUACCAAAUCAAACAUAUAUCCCUACAGACAUAGAAAAUAGAACUUCACAUUUUGGUUUAAAUGGUAAAAUAUCAGUUGAAGGCACUGUUAACACUUCUACUCCACUAAAACAAACAUCACACAUAUUAACAAAUCGUAUAAAUUAUGUGUUGUUGGCUGUAAUUGUUAAUAUACUAUUGAUACUACAAUUGGAUCAUCUAUUUGGACAGACAAUCACAAUACCUUAUUUUCCAAUAAUGUUAGGACGUCUGUAUAACUAUAAAAAUAUGCAGGAGAUGCAAGACAAUAGUUUGUUAUAUCCUGCAUUAAUUUUAUGCAACAUUAAACCUGAGUUAACCUACCAACUUAAAAGAUUCAUAACAAUAGUUCAUAUGAUAUUAGAAGAUUUAGCUUUGUAUAUUUUCAGUUUUACCCUCAUGCAUUACGGACUUUUAUAUUGUUUGCAUAAUACAAACAUUUUAGUUGGUUUAAACACAUGAAUAAUGUCAUUGUAUAUGAAAUAUAAAUACACAAGUCAUUCAUUCAUUUCUUCCUUUUACUUGUAUUUAAAUUGUAAAAAGCACAAUAUAAAAUGUCAAUAUAAUAGAGAUAAGAAAUGCCAUAAUAAUAUGUAUGUUUUCUUUUCGUUUUGUUACACAAUUUAAUUCUGUGCUGAAAAAUUUGUCGAGAUUUCUUCAGCGAUUCGGAUUUAUACAAGGCAUUGGAGGGUCUUAAAAUGAAUAAAUCAUUAACACGUUU